CACGCACACGCUACCUACGCUACCUACCUACAGCUAUCAUACUAUACCAUACCUACUACCUAAGAAACAACCUUCAAGACAAUUCACAUAGCGUCAUCACUACUUUCUCUCUUCUGCUACCACAGAAUCUACCAAGACUAGCCACGCACUCCCUCACUCAAUCCCUCCCUCACUCAAUCACCAUGUCCUCCUCCAUGCCCAUCCCCAAGCGGAAGCAACCUCUUCCUACCCUUUCCGGCUCGAGCUCGAGCAGCUCAAGCUCCUACGGAAGCUCCUCAUCCAUGAGUCCUCCCCGAACGCCCUCGUCGUCGACCACGCCGUGGAAAGGCAAGAGCAAAGUGCCCAUCGCUUCUUCUUCGUUUUCAGCCUCCUCUUCUUCUUCAGCCUCUUCUUCAGCUACUCCUGCUACCGCCGCCUUCACAUCCUCACCGCCCAUCUCCCCGCGCCGACCCAGCCUCAUGGGCAGUUCCCUGAGCAAAAGCGAGUACACCGUCAUCAACCUCAGCCACCACGAAGACGGCCCACCACGCCUAGUCACGUGCGUCAAGAGUAGUCAAGGAUUUGAUUGGAAUCAAGAACUGUUCCUGCCUUCGUACACGAACGAGUAUGGCGAGUCUUCGGAUUUGGAGCAUCGCCCGGAUCCGGUCGAGGAGAUUGUGUUGACGGAUGAGGAGGCUGCUGCUAUUUUGCCCGUUUGAGGAGGAGGAGGAGGAUGAUGGAAGAAGCUUGGAAGGAGAAGAACAAGAAGAACAGGAAGAGGAGAAGGAGGUGCGAUGAUGAUGAUGAUGAUAAAGAACAACAACUACGACGACGAUCUGAUAUCUUGUGCAUGGCGAGAGGCGAUUUGAAGCAGGGAGAAUCUUUCACGUUUCUGGACUGGGAAACACACAUUGGAUGGGCGUGGAUGGGAACAUGGGAUGGAAUUGGGCGAUAUUCAUUUUCAGGGCGAUGGAGUAUAUAAGAAGGCACGACUUGCAUUUGUCUAUGACAAUAGCUUAGUAUGGAACGGCCAAGGUACUGUUAACACCUGUGUGUUGGGGAACUAGGUAGGCACUCUUGACAUCAUAAUCACCUGCAAUGAAGAAUGGGAGAAAAGAAACAAUAUUGGCGUAUUGGGGAUAGGGACAGAUCUGGUGCUAUACUCAGGUAUAUAAGGUACAUUAC